CACGCACCCUGCAUUAUCAGCCGCCCUCGGAGACCGCGACAACCACUCCACGUGUCGCACGCAAAAAAUAAGACACUUCACAACGACCACUAUUCAUUAAACCACAAUCACCCACAUACAUACUUACAAACAUAUCCACCAAGCUCCUCAUCUGAAUCAACAACCCCCACGAUAAAAUGUUAACCGAACGCACCCUCCCACCCCGCUACGAGAUCCGCACCCUAACACGCGAGCACAUAGCCUGGGCGAACGCAAUAAUAAUGCACAGCACCGCCUUCGCCUCCCCAGUCUGGUCCCGGCUCUACCCCGACAACAAGACGCGCCUCUGCUACGACCUCUUCCGCCACUCGGACUACCUCGUCAGCCACGCGGUCGCCUCGGGCCUCUCCCUGGGGAUCUUCGACACCCAGUACACAUUCCAACACGCAGACUCGGACGCGGCGGGCGGCAAGCUCCACUGGGACCUGGACGACACGGGCAGCGGCGCGGGCGAGGCGGACCUCGUGCGCCAGAUGGACUUCCCCCUCCUCUCGGUGGCCCUGGCCUUCGACGCCUUCAACCAAAUCGACGCGGCGCGCCUCGCGCCGCUCGUGGGGGUGAUGCCGCUGCUCGCCGACCGCAACAGGAUCCUCAGCGCGCGCGACGGGCGGGACCCGGGCGCGCGGGAGGCGACGGGCCCCGGCCAGGUGGCGCUGCGGAACUCGACGGCCACCAAGGCUGGGGAGGAGGGGAAGGGGUUCAUGGGCCACCUGGCGCGGCAGAUGAUGCGGCGGCUGGCGGGGAUGGGGUUCCGGGGCGUCCAGAUACAGUGCCUGCACGAUUCUGUGCACCGGGUGUGGAGCCGCCCGCCCGCGCCGUUCAGGGCGGAGGUCGUGGCGCGGUUUCACUGCUCUGAGGAUGGGGAUGGGGAGGUGAGGAGGUUGUUUAAGGGGUCGGUGCAGGAGGUUACGAAGGUUUAUGUUUCGCUGAGGUGAGUGCGCUGGUACUAUCUAGUAUUGUCUACUACGGCAUAGGAGAGGUGUCACGAGUGAUGCCACUGCGCUAUUCAUGCAGAAGUGAUGCCGGUAUUUGCCAUAGGCAUAUAGUCUCCUGUAUCGUGACAAGAGGCAACUAUCGCGGGUGGUGAUUAGUCGUCAUCUUCGGUGGAUUGAUUGAGCAGGCUAUUUGCAAGCAUUGGAUCAUC